AUGGACGAUCGAAUCUCACACCUACCUUAUGCACAAGCGGCACCCUCGAUACGGCGGCAUAAGAUUCGCCGGACAUUGGGCUCUGUGCGAAAAGGCAUUCCCCCACGCCACUUCACCGACCCAAUCGUCAGGCUGAACAAAGAUGAAGCUUAUGGCAGCAUCGUUCCGUCGGGUGCCUUCUCCAAUCUAUCACCAAUGUCGAACGUGUCCGCAUUUGAAGUUGAUCUGCCCCCCGACACUCCGGUCUUCACUUCGAGCCCUCCUUCCUACGGUCCCCCACAAAACCGGUUUACCAUACCAAAACGCAUAUCUGUCGCUCCUUCGGAUCCAACCACAGUCAGCUCUGACAAUGAUACAAGAGUGUUUACAGAUGAUGAUUCGAUGGAUUUUCACAGCGACACAGCGUAUGACUCACUAGCCACUCGAGCCACGGCCAGUAGUCAUUCAGGCUUCCGUCAACCCAAAAUAGAAACGAUUUUUGAUGAGAUGUCGGUUGACCAGCAACCGGCAGAGACGGCUGGCCUAGAAGAUUUGAUGCAACGAGCCACAUUAGAUGAUACGCAGUCGAUCGUCUCACGGGAGGGAGGAUAUGGAGAAGCUGCUAAUAUUGGUAUGGGCAUUUGCGGACUUGAAGCCAAUGGCGAGAUGCAAGAAUUCAGUCCAGACCAGGCAUCUACUCCCGUUAAAAGCCCCAGAGCAGAGGCAGAAGAUUUUGUUUCAACGCCGGUCCCGAAGAGAACUUAUCGUGAAUCCCUCGUCAUUAGCUCUUCCCCUCCGUCAACGCAGCUCUUUCCACGACCGCGGCAAGUGGAACCAGAACUCCCUCGCAUGAUGAAUGUUGAUGACGACGAUGAUAUCGACUGGUCCCCCAAAUCUAAUAAUGAUAAAAAUCAAGUGACGGCAAAGGAUGUACCUUCAAGUCCAAUCCAGAGCCGCUUCGAGCAGCUGUCGGAAGAUGACGUUGAUGAACACCAAUCUACCAAGAGAUCUUCUAUCUUUGACUGGUCGGAACACUCUAAAUUCGGCAGUGAUCAGUCGAAUGGAAUCAGUCCUCGGCCGCAAACUGUGCAUGGCAAGCAAGGUAGUCAUGUUGGCAGAAGUCGACCAUCUGGACGGAAAAACAAUGCAGCCAUGCACCUCCGCAGUCAGAGUGUUCCGGUCAACCGUGACAGUUUAGCAGAGAAUGAUACGCCAUCGUCAGCCACUAAGUUUGGUACGUGGGCAUUGGGCAGCAAGCCUGUCAGCGAGGAAUGGAGUGACGAUUUCGAGUUCGAUGAUGUUGAUGUGGGCGACGGAGUAACGGGGAUGACAGAUGAGGAUAGAGCGAAGAACCGGGAAUCGAUUCGGAGCGUGAAGGUCCCACAAUCCAUAAUGGAUCGCCAGCAAAGUGUCCAUAUACAAUUUGGCCAAGUUCGAGAUUUCAUGUUACUGGUCGAAGAGCUUAAGAGACUACGUCUUCGUGGUGCUCCCCUUGGGCUCCUCGAAAGUCACUCGCGGCAACUGUGGGAAGAUGCAGAGAGCAUCAUUGAUUUGGCCACGGUGAAUGAGGAUGACGAAGCUCUGCCUCGGCCACCUUCACCGAUAUCAUCGGACAUUUUUGGAGACGAGACUCCUCCAUCUAAACGAGCCAUCGAAGACGAAGAGGGACGAAUAAUGAAUCGACGGUCCAUCUCUAGUCCAGCAACAUCUCCCUACGGACGGCCACGUGGAGAAAGUCUGCAGGCCAAGAAUUUUCUGCAGGUCAUUCACCAAAAUAGAAGGGAAGCGGAAGCCUCACCUGGCGAGGAAUCUGUUCGUGGCCGUGAGCGCGAGAAGCUACCUUUCGAUACGCAGGACUUGAGAGAUCUGGUGGUGAGGGCAGGUGUGAUUACAAGGGCACUGAAAGAGAUUGUACGGAAAGCGGAGGGUGUAUCGCUAAGCCCUGAGCGGCCUGCACCGAAGUUCCCGGAGCCGGUGUUCCGGCAAAUAUUUGAACCGCCAAACUCAUCGCCCAUUCCAGAAUCCAGGAAGCCUGGCCUCCCAAAAAGCAGGAGUGCAAACAGCUACCUUGAUGCGGUGGAUACAUCGGCUGAUCGCGAGAUUUCACAGCCAUUGAGCUUCACAAAGGUUGUCGAGGCGAACUGA